AUGAGCACUCUCACAACCACCACUCUGAAGUCAUCCUAUCCUCCAAUACUUCCACCUCCAUUUACAGCAAACCAGCCUCCUGUACUUCGACUCUUCCCUCUCUCCAACUACACUUUUGGUACAAAGGAGACGCAGCCAGAGGAGGACCCAUCUGUUCUUGCGAGACUGAAGAGGUUAGAAGAGCAUUAUGAGAACUACGGCAUGAGGAGGACUUGUGAAGGCAUAUUAGUAUGCCAUGAGCAUAACCACCCCCACGUGCUCAUGCUGCAGAUCGCAAAUGCAUUCUUCAAACUACCAGGGGACUAUCUACCACACGACGCGGACGAGAUCGAAGGAUUCAAGUCACGUCUAAACGACAGACUGGCACCAACAAAUCCAAAGGAAGGGGAUACAGACUGGGAGAUUGGAGAUUGUUUAGCACAAUGGUGGCGGCCCAACCACGAAACAUUCUUAUAUCCAUUCCUUCCCGCCCAUGUUUCUCGGCCAAAGGAACUCAAGAAGCUGUAUCUUAUCCACCUCCCACCUAACAAGGUUCUUAGCGUGCCUAAGAACAUGAAGCUCCUCGCGGUACCACUGUUCGAGCUUUAUGACAACACUGCACGUUAUGGACCUCAAUUGAGUGCUAUACCGCAUUAUCUCUCACGUUACAGGUUUGAAUUCGUUGACGAAGAAGGCAAUCUCAGCAGCGUCAUGCCCGGGGGAGGCUCACUACCAGGGCCCGAGUCGGGCGUCAAGGUCUUGAUGGAUGGUGCUGCACAACCCAGCAAGGAAGGAGGCGACGUUGAGAUUGAGAAUGGAGCGUGA